GUUGCGCAUAGAUAUUACCAUGAAGUCAUUUUCAUCUUUGGGUCGCACCAAUCCGCCAUUAAUGCCCCCCUGCAAGCUGCUCUUUGCUACCCCUUAUUUCUUCUCUCUAAACCGUACAAAACGAGAGCUGAAACUCCCUCCCCAAUUCCUUCCUUCUUCUCCGACAUUUCCAGGGAAAACAAAGAAAGAAGUUAAAAAUUACAAGCUAAUUUCCUCCUCCUCUUCUUCUUCUUCUCUUGUUCAACUCUCUCUCUCUCUCUCUCUCUCUCUCGCCUGCACGAACAUGCCAGCUUCUACCGACGACGGAGCGGGAAAAAUAAGCAUCAGGGUCAGGGGCCAGGACGAUCGCGUGCUGUUCUUCAAAAUCAACCCGAGAGUGAGGCUAUCAAAGAUGUUCAACAUCUUCUGCGAAAGGCGGCAACUGGAUGUGCACACCGUGCAGUUCCUCUAUGAAGGCAAUCGCAUUACCGGCAGAUAUACCCCAUAUGGAUUGGGAAUGGAGGACGGUGCCGAAAUCUGCGCCUUUGUCCACCAGUCGGGAGGCGGAAGACAGCAGCAGGAUUGCCGCAUUCCGUGCUGAAUGACCUCUCUCUGUGCAGCGACGAAACGACCGAGUGCUGUAUAAACCGCAUAACUCGGAAGAUGUUCAUGUGCUAACUUAAUCUGUGUGAGAGAGAAUUAUUAUGGGCAAUCUUUGGUUUUGAGUAGCUUCAUGAUGUGGAUCUUCCUAUGCUUUUUGGUGAUGCGGCCAUAUUGUGUGGAUCAUUGUAGAGAUUUAACACCACUCUCUCUGUAACUAACUACGACCAGCUCCCUUGUUUCUGGGUGCAGCUAUGUCCAGCUGUUUUUGACGGUUCUAUUC